AUGGAAAGCCAGAAGAAUAUCUCAGUAUUCUUUCUCAUGGGACUUUAUUAUGAUCAGAAUAUCCAACUAUUUUGCUUUGGACUCUUCUUAUUAUUCUGCUAUGUUACCCCUUUGAUAGGAAACCUUCUGGUCCUUGUAUCCAUUUGAUGCAGCUUCCUUUUUCAUUAGCCAAUGUACUAUUUCCUCAGCCACUUAUCCUGCGUGGACAUCUGUUAUACAUUCUGUGUGACACCCAAACUCAUUGGUGACCUAUUAGUGGGAACAAAAAUCAUCUCCGAUAGUGGCUGUAUGUUACAGGUCUUUUCCAUGCACUUCUUUGGAAUGAUUGAAAUCAUCAUCCUCACGGUCAUGGCAUUUGAUCGUUGUGUCGCCAUCUGCAAACCUCUCCAUUACAUGAUCAUCAUGAACAGGACAAAAUGUCAUCUCCUAGUCUUGACUGCUUGGGCUGGUGGGGCUAUCCAUUCUUUUUCCCAAUUUUCUAUGAUAAUCUGGUUGCCUUUCUGUGGCUCCAAUGAAAUCGAUCACUACUUUUGUGCUAUUUUCCCUUUGCUGAAAAUUGCCUGCACUGAUACCUACGUCAUUGGUUUCCUUAUAGUUGCCAAUUCAGGUAUGGUUGCCUUGGUAACCUUUGUUCUCUUGUUUGGGUCUUAUGUCAUUAUAUUAUUCACCUUAAGACAUCACUCAGCUGAGGGAAGACGCAAGGCCCUCUCUACUUGUGGGUCACAUAUCACUGUGGUGGUCUUAUUUUUUGGGCCUUCAAUAUUUGCCUACCUUAGACCUCCUACCACGUUCCCUGAGGAUAAAAUAUUUUCUCUAUUUUACACUACAUUUGUUCCCAUGCUCAGUUCCUUAAUUUAUACUCUGAGAAAUACAGAGAUGAAGAGGGCCAUGAAAAUGGUUUGGUGUCAAAAAGAAUAUUCAGAAGAAAAGCAAAACUGA